UAAUAGUGCGUGUAACACUUGUCGCAUUCAUUGAUGCAUUCGAAAUCUGUGUCACUUUCUCUUUUAUUGAAAAGGAUUAAACGCACUAACAUGGGUGUUGUUUUCGUUACUCAUAUACAUGUGUUAAGUAUCUUUUUAAGUGUGAUGUCAAAAUGUGAUGCACAAAUAACGGGGACGUGCCUCCGUGAGUAUCAAAAGGCUGAUACAUUUUGUUACAAGUUCUAUUACAACAAUCGCUCAACGUGGAAUCAGGCCGACGCGAGAUGUAAACAAGAUGGUGCGCUUCUUAUCAAAUUGGAAAGCUUCACUAUGUUGCGUAAUGUAAAGUCAAUUAUUCAAACCGAAGAGCUGGGACUAGGUCCUUGGGGUAUACCCAUCGAUGUCUGGGUUGGUGCUCGCAACUACUCGAGCGGCUAUGUGUGGACAGACGGGACACGUGUGUCUAGCGAUCUCUGGAGUGAAGGUGAACCUAACGAUCUGAAUGGCGAUGAAGAUUGCGCCGAAGUCGACCAUAGGACGGACCAUUAUCUGAAUGACGGACCGUGUUAUUUUAAACAAGCCUUCAUAUGCCAAGACAUGCAUUCAACAUCACGACAGGGAACUCAUGGUAACACAAACAUUUUCCUCAUCACAGCAUCCGUAACGUCGGUGGUGGUUGGACUUCUGGCGGUUGCCUUGGUCGUGUAUAUUUGCGUAAUGAGAAGGAAACAACGGCCGCCAGAUACGGAGAACAAUACGAUAGUAACAAGCCCAUCAUCACUCAGAUCAGAUGAGUACGACACGAUAUCUCCACAGUUACAAGAAACACACGACUACGAAGGUCUUCAAAUGAAAACAAGAACAUAUUAUAAUGAUUAACAAAUCAUUAUAAUUAUAAUAUCAUUUGUUUGUGUUGCUGUGUUUAAUUGACAGAUGUGUAAUACUUAAAGUGCAUACACGCAAAAUUUCUAUUCAAACUAACGAUAUAAUGAUCAUACUUUUCAAGAAGGACACAUAUAAACUCAUUGGAAAGUCAAAGUCAAUUUAAGACCUUCACAAACGAUGCAGUUAAAAAAGUUGCAUGUUUAAAUACUCAAAUAUUAGAUAAUAUGAUACUCUGCAAGUGUUUAUUUUGCAACCAUUUGAAAUCCUAUGUAAAAUUUCUAUAUUACCAAGUAAAGGAACAUAGUUAUAUUUAAUUAGCAUGCAGUUUUCGAUGAAGGCAUUUGAUGAAAAAUGCUAAAGUUAACGAUCGACUAGACAAUGCUGAAGGGCUAAGAUUAUUAAAAUAUAACAUCCGUUGCUUCUUUUCUCCAAAUACAAGACGAUUAAAUUCAUGCCAUAUCAUACUACUGGUACGGAACAAGAAUAUACAAUCGUAUCUUCCACGUCUUUGUAUAUCUUUAUAUCUAUUAAAAGUUGAUAUAAUAAGAUAUUUAACUUUUUUUUGCCAUCUGAAACCAUGCAAUCAAGUUUUUUUAGAUCUAAAUAAACAAAGAAUGAAACUUAAUCUAAAUCAGAGGCAGAACAUUACUAUUACCUGACAGCGUGGUCCUUUUUUUAAACACAAUUUAAGAACCUCAUGAAAUGCUGAUUUACCCAUGUUAAGACAACACGCUCUUACCCAUUACUUAUUGACGCAAACCAUUGCAUUAUAUGGCAUGUUAAUGAUGCCAGCGGUUUUCACUGAUGUCUCUUCCUCGUGGAUGUGCAAAUAGUUUCGAAGGUCGUUCUUUGUAUUACUUGAUAAUUUCUUAAUAUGAAACAAAAUACCUGUUUACCAUAUUUGACAAACAAAUGUAGAAUGAUGUUAUCACAUAAGUUGCUAGUCGCAGGCGAUUGCUGUUUUAUUAGUUUGAACAGUUCAACUAUUAGACCUUAUACAAAAGUGUUACCUUAAACAAUAAGAUUAUUGUAGGAAAACGAAAUCCGUUGGGAGAAACAAUCACUGCAACAGUUUUCUUUUAUUUGAAAUUACGAUCAAACAAUCUGAAUUCACUUUCGAUGAAUGGCAUAUAAAUGUGUUGCUAUUAUUUUGAUAUCUUUAGAGUAUACUUAAUACAAUAAGUCUUAACCUAUUUUGUAUACCUUUUCGUUUCUUCACCAUACGCAGUAUACAUUCCUCUUUACCUCAUCACACUUCACAUAAUGCAAAACACACUAUGUUUGUUGUUUUAUUGCUUUAUCAAGUUGAAGGCGUGUUCAAUAAAAUGACAAUCAUUC